AUUCUGAAUUUUAUUGACAUAUGACAUUUAUUGUGUUCUCGUGUUGGUAAAUGAGACUAAAGUACACAUUGCUCAAUAUAAGUUUUGGAUUAUGAAAUGGGGCUACAUAUUUUGAAUUUUUAUUCACUUCAAGAAUUUAUCAAUUAGUUUCCUCACCAAAUUAAUUAAAUCAUGUGCACCGGGGUACGCCCCGGAGAGUGGAAGAGUUAACGCAGAACUGCACAAACAAUGGCAUUUGCAAAUGUUUCGUCUUUGUUGAAAACACCAACAAUGCUGGAACAGUUGCUUGAAGAAAUUAAUUUUCAGAGGACCAAAGAAAUGAGGCAACUAUUAAAAGAUGAUUCGGGAUUUGUGAUACUGCAAGGGACCACAUAUUGGACUGACCUCUUUGUUAGGCACUUCCUCUUCCAAACAGAACAUUGCAUCGACUGUGAUGACCUUCUGUUCUUCGUCAGGAAGAGGCACGUCAAAGGGUCGUCUCGUUACCUCCCCAAGUUCGAGACAGAGGUGGACGUGUUCCGCAAGGACAGCCGCAAGCUGCCCAUCGGCGACCCGGACAUCGACUGGGAGGAGACGGUGUACCUGAACCUCGUCAUCCACCAGUUCGACUACACGCUGACGCUCGCCAUCUGCACCCGCACCAGCCCCAAGGAGCUGCAGGUGCUCAAGAGGCACUCCCAGAAAGUGUAUGCGUCGCCCAGCCGGAGAAGAAUGGACACAAAAGGAGAAGUGGAGGAAAUGACGUAUCCACACAUCUGUUUCAUGGUCGACAAUUUCGACGAGGUGUUCUGCGACAUCCUGGUUCGCGACGGCGAGAUGGUGUGCGUGGAGCUGGUUGCGUCGGACAGGGACGGAGCGAUCCAGGGCGUCAUCUUCCUCGGCUCGAUCCGAUACGACGCCUUGAAGCGGGUGUACGACGCGAGGUCGAGCCUGAGCAGCAAGAUGGCCCAGAGGAUGACGUUCGGCCUGUUCUCGGGCGCCACAACCCAGCGCGUCGAGUUUGUGCGCAUGAAGGGCCCGCAGGGCAAGGGACACGCGGAGAUGGCCGUCACCAAACCAAAAGGUUCCGGGGCGGAGACCCCCACCUCGGAGCCGGGCCUGUGCGCGACGGACAUGUGGGACUCGGACUGGGACGAGGACCCAGAGGAGUUCUACGUCUACAGACACCAGCGCCGGCUCAGCGACCCGAGCGCGAACCUCAACAACUUCGUGCGCGCGGGCUGGAAGACGAAGCCGUACGAGACGGCGGGCUCCAAGUCCCGCUCGGAGAACGAGGGCCUCGACUCCAUGGCCAACGGGCUGACCGAGAUCGAAGCCGGGGACGUGCGGGAUGAGCUGAAGUUUUGCCUUCACUGUUCCGCCUCUUCCACCUCUCCCUGCCGCUGCGUGGGCGGACGCUCGCCGCCAACGGCACGCUGCCACAGGUGUGCCUCGUGCCUCAACAACAACGCAGAGGCGAGCGCGGAGGGUCUCUGCGCUGACGGCGAGGCACUGAGCCCUGCCGAGUCCGUGCUGGCGGAGGGCAGCCUCGCGCGGGAGCUGAGGCGGGGCGACGCCGGCUCUCCGGACGAGAUGACUCAGUCGUGCCACGAGGCGCUGCCGGACGAACCACCGCCGCCCCCCUCCUCCCCGUCCGCGCCCAAGGCCGUCAAGGACUGCCUGAACAACCGCGCGCGCUCGUGGGGCCGUGCCGUCGCCCCGCCCUUCCGCAUGACCCCCGACGGGACGGUCGUCAAUUACUGGUGCGACGUCCCGAGCAGGGCGUUGCCCGGCCAGCACGAGCUGGACGACGGGGCCUACAACCCUCUCUGGACGAUGCGCGGCUUCACCCAGACGUUCCACUUCUGGAAGGAGACGCGCCGCGCCCAGUCCGUGCCGCUGAACGCCUUCCUCACCUACAUCACCCUUCCGUGGUGGAGCAUAGCGCGCGAUAUCCUGGACCAUCGAGAAGGUCCUAUCUUGACUUUCUAGUGCUUGUCCUGGAACGUCCAGCCAAACAGUUUGCGAGCCAAGUCGACUUUGACACAGUUCCAAUUUUUGUUUUCAUAUAGUGUCCGAGUGUAAUGCCUCAGGUUUUUUUUGUCGAGAAAGCUGAAUGCAGUUUUGUGGCUGUGUUUGUCAUAUUUCGAGUUGAAAUACCUACAACCACUUGGUACGCAAAGUCCCUUUUCACGUGGUUCUAAGCAAAUUGCUCAGCUAACUUCUAUCUUGUAGGGUUCAUUACGUGUGCAAGAGGCAUUUAAUGGUUUUAACUGCCAAUUACCUCCUAAAGGUUGAAAAGCGAAGACUGUUUUAGCUUUGUUCAGUUCAUGUUUUGUACAAUAUCAUUGGAAAUUACAGAAAAUCAUAUGGAAAGUUGCGUAAGACCUGCUGAUCACACUUAAAAUUUUAGUAUUUAUCACUUUUAUGUGAGUGAGGGGUUUAAGAAAUUCUAAUUUUUUCGAGGAAGUAAUGCUGAUAGUCCCAUUUGUUACGUUAAUUAGGCUGUCAGGCAUUAUGCCUGGUAAUAUUUUAAGCUUAGCAAGCACUUGAUAUCUUAUUUUUUGUCUUACAGCAUGUUGCUUUCUUGCUGUUUUUCUGUAUGUUUUAAUGAAUUGGUGCUCAUCUAUUUCACAUGGAAAAUUAGUUGUAAAUUUGUUCAGCUACUUAAAUGAGAUCAUGUUGAAAGAAAUAUUUAAAUUUACUCAAAUUGACUGUAUAAGUUUGUACUGUUGUUUUCCUAGUUAGGGUGAUUAAGGUUUUUAAUUUUAAUGAAGACAAGGUCAGCGAAAAUAAGUCUUCAAUUGGACUUGGACUUUACGAAGCUUCGCAAACCCCUAGUAAUUUCACACUCUUGUGUUUUAUUAUUUUGCAGUUACAAAUCAAUGUUUUGAAAGUACAUACAAGUCAUAAAUUAAACUUUACCAAAAAUAUUAAUACAUAAUUUUUUUGUUGGAAAUUAAUUUUCUCGCUUAAAAGGUACAAAUUUAGUAUAACAUAAUAAGGUACUCAUUAUAGAAUAUAUAUAUUUGGAAGACUGAUGUUCUAAUUAUAAAUUACUCAUAAUAUUAUUUCUAAUUUAGGUUUGUAUAUCACAAUUUUCUAAUUUAAUAAAAGCAAAUAAAAUUGGAUUUGAUAUAAUUUGAAGUUCAAUAACAGAGUGAAUGAUAGUUUCUAAAAUGUGCAAAUAUUUUUUUGUUUAAAAAUUAGACACUUUUCUCAUUAAAACAAAAUUAUUUUAUUUGAUUUAUUUAACUGGCAUACAGUAGUUCAAUGACGCAGUAGUUGUAAAUAGGUUUUUAAUGACUUAAUUAGUUACAUAGAGAUAGAUAGUUGUAAUUUUCUUUUAUUGCAUUCCACUUGUCAUUCACACACAUACGUAUAGGGAAUCAUGUUGUGAAGGUUUAUGAAUGCCUUUUUCCUUUUAAAUUCUUCAAUUAAUAUAUUUAGGAUAUAUCUUUCUUCCAUGUAUUUUAAUAUAAACGCCAAUCACAAACACUGAAGUUUCCAAAUGAAAUCAAUUGCGAACAAUUAUUAAUUUUUAUAAAAUUAAUAUAUUAUUUAAUAUAUUAAUUAAUAGAUGGACAGUAUUCUUUUCUAAAAAAAUACAUUUAAACUAUCUUACUCAAUUCUUAAAUGUUAAAUAUCUUCUUGAGUAUAAAAUGCACUUGAGUUAAAGAUAUGGUUAAUAGUAAUAUAUAAGGUGCAUUCAAAUAUAAGGUAAUCUGGAAAAGAUGAAUUAAGGGAUUUACAUGUAACUUAGAAAGUCACAACUUAGAUCAAUCCUAGUUUAGUAACACACAAGUUAGUAACACAUAGGUAACUUACAGCAAGCAUAGUUUACAAAAUUCAAUGUUGUAUGUUUUUAAGUUAUGACAAUCCCGACUAUUAACAUAAGAUAAACUCGAAACAUAAUUUUGUCCAAACCUAAGAUGGCUUUGCACAUAAGAUGAUCUCAAAUGUAGUACAGAGUACCUAGAUUGUAAAGUGUAUGUAAGAUAGCCUUAAAAUUAAGACUACUUACAGUUCAAAAUUUUUAAAAUUUAUUUUUUGGCAAAGUUUAUAUGUGAAAUAAUUUUGUCUUUUCAUUUCAGACUUGUAAAAUUUCAUAAUUUUCAAAUUUUAGAUAUAAAUAAUUAACAUCAAUGCUAUUUAAUUUUCAAUAUGGAUUGGCUAGUCAAAUCUUCAAAGACUAUCAAAUAUUUAGAAUUCAAAAUGAUUUAAUAUUUCAGGGAAAAAUUUCAAAGGAAAAAAUUGCAGAAUAUUAAUUUAAUACUAGAAAUUCAUAAGGACAACGCUGAAGUACUAUUGGCUAUUGCUUUUACUGUUUCCCAAAAAACUACAAUAUGUAUUGUGCCAAGAAACUUAUUUCGGGAAACUAACAUUUAAAGUGUUAUAGUAUAUAUUUUUUAGUUGAUUUAAUUUUACCAGUGUGUUAUAGAUUUUGGUUCAAGGGGUAUAUUUGGGGUAUUCUACGUGAAAGUUGUAUUAAACCCAUCACUGGUUUUUAAUGUUACUUAAAUUUUUCUGGAAGUUUUUAGUGAGCUUACAGAGUAUAAAUACGUACUUUUAAAUUUUUUUUCCAUACUCCACUAACAAGGGACUUUUCGUACUCCUGGAAGAAAUUUUCAUUGAGAGGUGAACCUUGGAUAAGAAUUCUGAUUUUUUGUUUCAUUCUUACAAAGUUUUUACAGAUAUAUUUUUUUUAAGUUCCGUAAAGAAUAGCAGAACUGGCACAACCUCGGAAAGUGGCAUAGGACAGUGAGGUGUAGAAGGGGCAGAUAUGUCCCCAACUUUCACUAGACUCUCGGUGACAGUCCAGUGACGAAUCAAAAAAAAAUCAUAAAGAGAUUGUGGUUAUACAGUCGGAUUAUGUGUAUUGUAAAGUCUUGUUAAGUUAAUUAAUUGUGAAUGUGUAGUGUUGUAAUAAGUGGUUGUAAAUGUUUUGUUAAGAAAUGAUCUGUAUAGUUCCUUAGUUGGUAGGCACAAAUCACUACCUGCAUAGGCCAUGCAUUUUCGGAGAAAUAUCCGGUGCAUGCGUGUGUGUAGUGGUGUUAGGGGGGGGGGGGGGGGAGAGAGUGUUUGAAGCUGUUUUUUGAGGCUGUGCAAUUGUGGGUUUAUUUUCAUGAAAUUAUGUAAUUAAAUAUACAUAUAAAAUUAUAUAUUUUUUCUAUGAUUUGUGAAAUUUAAUCACAGUGCCAUAUAAUUUCAGUAGUACAGCUGUAGUAAAUCUUAUUAAGUAGGUAAUUGUAGCCAAUAUAGCUUGAAUUAUUCAGUGUCGGAAUGAUGUCAAAUUGAGUGAAAUGUUUCUGCUGAGCAACAACAAAAUUAUAAUUUGAGUGUUAAAAUGUCAGUUUUUUAAAUUGUCAUUGUGGUAAAAAAAAAUUAUUUGGAAACUUUCCAAGUUCACAGUGAAAAUAAAGUUUUUCAUUAAAGAUAUAACUAAAAAUUUAAGGCGUUUGAAAAAAAAUCUUUCAGACAAAUAAUGGAUGACAGAAUUAAUUUAAAAAUAGUUUUGAAAGAAUUGUGUUAAAUGUAUUAUGUAAGGUUCUUGAUAUUAUUUUAUCUUGGAAAGGUUUAAGGUUACAAAUUUACAAGUUUCAACUACCAAAUUUUAUUGAAAUGCAAGUUGGAAUUUUUUUUAGUAUUAGUUGGAAAACGUGUAUGAUUUUUUAUGCUUAAUCUGAGAUUAUUAAUAUUUGUUAUUGCUGUUGAUACUUAGUAUUUUUAUUAUGAAGACAAACCCACUAAAAUUUUUGCAAUACAAAUCAUAUUUGUUAUUAGUAAGCAAAACAGAUAUGGUAGACAUUCGUGAAUCUUUGGAGAUGGGGCUAUACCUAGAGAAAUUUUUCAAAACAAAAAUUUCCACAUUACAAAUUUUUCUUUUAAAAUAAUGCAUACGAAAAGAGUACACACUUUAAUAAUCCUUUGUUUGAUAUUAAAAAAAUAUAUCUGCGUGAAAUAUUAACUGGGCAUUGCAUUUAGUUGUCUUUUGACCUCCUUAUGUUGUUUGCAAUGAUAAAAAAUAAAAUUAAUUGUUAAGUGUACAGUUAUUUCCUACCUGAACAAAUGGGUUCUUUAUGUAUAUUUUUUUGGGGUUCAUUCAGUUUUAAAAACAACUUGAAACCCAAUGUAGUAUUGUGACAUGCUCUUUGGCUUAAAGUGUCUAUGUGUGAUGCUUGAAAAGGUACACAAGGGGGGUUGUGGACAAGGGGGGGAGGGGAAUAUAUCACCCCCCAAAAUACUAGAAAAACUAAUAAUCCCAUCAACAAAUGGAAAUAAUUUAAAGGAAAACAGAGAGCAACGUGGUUAUAUAUUCACCUUCCUCUCAUUAAAUGAAAUUCUGUGUAUGCCCCUGGUGCAGCAGAACAGAACCUGUGUUGGGUUUGUCAUGUAGCAGAGUCUGUGAGUGCUUGUGUGAUGUGUUUGUCGUCUCGCAGUCGCCAGUGGCCCAUGUUUAUCUGCACAGAGUAGCUUGUUUACAUUCUUCUUGAUUGCACUUUGUAUCUUGAAGUCUGUCUUUGUGUUCUAAUGAGAUUAUUUUUACUUCGAUGUGAGUGAGAGAAGUUUAUCAUCCAAGGUGAUUUAGUGUUUUUGUGGUGUUAUUGGGUAACACAUUGCUAUCCUUUUUUUAUAGCUAAAAUGUUUUUUUUUCUUUGUAUUUUUAAAAUAUGUUUAAUUACUGGUAAGACUGUUUUUUUAUAAAUUCUUAUAUUUUUUUAUAAUCUAUAAAUAUUUAUGUAAAUAAUAUUCUCAAAUGUUUAUGAAAGACAUUUAUGUAAUACAUAGAAGUUGAUAUUGUGUGUACCUUACAUGUUGAAGGUACAAUUAUUAAAUGAUUUCAGGGUAGCCUUUUAACGAAUUUUUUUUUUUGAGAUUAACACAGUAUUUUCAAAAAAUGUGAUAAAAUUUGAAGUGAUUAUUUUCAGUAGUGGAGACAGUUGGUAGUGGGUAUAGUCUUCCUCAUUUUUUUGAAACUUAAGGUUUGAGCAUUAUGUGCAUAAGUUUCUGGUUUCAUUGCAUAUUUACAAAAAAAAAUUGUAACAAAUUGUUUAUUACCAUGUGCUAUUUAUAUUUAGUCUUGUGGCAGCAAUGGCUGUGAGGUUAUUUGCGGUUAUGCCUCAGUUUGUGAGAAUCAAGUCUAUUUUUGUGCCGACUUAAUACUGCAUUAAGGCAUUCAGCGACAGAUAAGUUGCAGUGAGAUUCUUCUUUUAUACCUUUAUUCAGCCACAACUUUCAGUACUUUUUUUCGUGUUAUAUCUGAUACAAUUUAGGGUUUGCUAUGGACAGACUCUUUUAAAGUAAAAGCCCACGAGUCUAAAUCAGUUGCGUAUUUUCUCCUGGAAGUUACAUGCCAGAAACUUAUUAGACCUAAAAUAUUCCAGAAAGAAAAUUCUCUAGGUACUAAGAAAUUAUGUACUCAAAAAAACGAGAAAUUAUAUUAAAAGUGGAAAAGUGUAUGUAUUUAUAGGUUCAUUGCUAAUUUUUUAAAAACUAAUUAUGCAGGAAAUUUUCUUAAGAGGGUUUUACUGUAUCUAUGUCUUGUUUUACAGAGGCAUUACAUUUUUCUACAGAAAUAACAGCAAUAUUGAACAAAUUCAAGAAAAUAGGUGUAAAAUGUGCUAAAUUCACAAUUCGUAUAAACAGUGUAUGUAGGGUGCAUUUUGAGAUUGAAUGAUAUUAACUAUAGUCCAUUAAAGGAACAAUCUCUCUAGCUGUUUCAAGAUGUUAUAAGUGUCGUAGAUGUUUAAAUGUUAAAUUUCAUACAGAAAAUAUGUUAUGACUGAAGAAUCUUUGAGUGGUAACAAUUUGAUUUCUUUAUACAGAAUCCGUGAUUUGUUGAUUUGUAUUUGAAGACUUGUUCAAAAGAUUUUUAUGUAAUGAGUUUUGGUGAGACCAUGAUUUCAUUUUAAUCUAGGAGAAUUUGACUGUGUAAAAGUCACUUUAUGAUUUAUAUAGUGAAGGCUCACACUUUUAAUGUCUUAUUUUGUAUUUGUAGUCUUGUUAAAGGGCAUUUUAUAAGAUUAUAUUUAUUUUUUGAAUCA